AUAUAGAUGGACAUUAUAGUUUCUGUUACUAUGUGGUGAUCGUAUUGUUCGCCUUUUCACCCAGAUAUCUUUAGUCGGCUCCUGUUCGCUCGUGUUCCUUUGAUCUGUUUGUCUCGCGCGCUGAGAUGAAACAGUCAUGCUCUGACGUCCUCAGCUCUCUGUAUGAAUCAAAAAUAUGGCGGCUGCCAUGGAGCUGAGAUGCUGGGGAGGAGACUGGGGUCUGCCCUCUGUCCACACCGACUCUCUCGUGGUUCUGGCCUACGCAAAAUUUUCUGGCACGAAGCUCACAGUUUCUCCUGUAGACUGGACAUGGAAAACCUUAACAGCAAGCGUCCCAGAGCUGGUUUGUGGAGAAUCUGUUGUUCAAGAACCAACACAGAUUCUGAACUUCCUUAGGAAACAGAGGCUUAAUGCAGAUUAUGAGCUGACCGCCAGACAGGGAGCAGACACAAUGGCCUACAUCGCUCUACUUGAGGAGAAACUGCGACCAGCUCUGUUGCACACCUUCUGGGUGGAUGCUGAGAACUACAGCAAUUUGACACGGCCGUGGUUUGCUUCUCGCUCACCGUUCCCACUGAACUUUUUCCUCCCAAGUCGUCUUGCAAAUAUCGCCCUCGCUCGCAUCCUGGUUACAAAAGGAGAGGGGCUUUUGCACAGAAUCUCUGAGGUGGAGGGAAAGAUCUACAGUGAUGCUAAAGAAUGUCUGAACCUCCUCUCCUACAGACUGGGAGCUGCAAACUAUUUCUUUGACAACUCCCCAACCAGUCUGGAUGCUUUUGUGUUUGGUUUCUUGGCACCGCUUCACAAAGCAGACCUCACCAGUAGCCCUCUGCAGAGCCACCUCAGACAGCUGGACAACCUCACUCGCUUUUGUGACAACAUCCUUGCAGCCCAUUUCAAUGCGGAUAAGCCCUGUCCUCUUCUGCCUGCUAUGGAAACAAUGGAUGCCAACCUGCAGAAACUAACACAGCUUGUAAACAAAGAGUCCAACUUGAUAGAAAAGAUGGAUGACAACCUUCGGAGCAGCCCCCAGCACAAACCACACAGACCAGACCCCAAAUCCAGUCUGUCUAGUUCAAAGAGCUCCACCCCUGCCUAGCACCAGACCUUCCAGCUCUGAUCCAGCUCCACAAAUCACAGAUGAGUGCCCUGGAAGCAAAUGCUGCUGACCUCAACCAAACUCAACAUCCUGAACAGGGGGAAAAAGCUCAUAAAACAGGACUGUGGCUGAUAUGAAAAAGAACUUAAUUAUUCAUGUUAGUAUGACUGUAUAAUUAGGAGAUUAUUUUUACAAUAACAAUGACAGAUUCAUCUGAAAAAGAAGAAAAUGCAUGUGUAAUGUAUUUUUAAAUGAAGAGUGCAUGCAUGUGGUCAAGGGUGGAAAUCUAUGAAGUGGCGCUUGGUGGCGAAGACACGAAGGGGACGUUAAGGAAAAAGAGAAGUCCAGUGAAGAACAUAAGUGGUGCAGACUGCUUUUCUUUGAACUUUUUGCUGAUUUUAUUUAAAGGGAUAUACUCCUACAGUCUGUCUUGCACUGCAGCCUUUUGGUUAAACACGAAAAAUAUUUAACCCUUCCUCUCAUAAUGCAUUAUUUACAAUGGCCGAUAUAUAUCCUGAGCACAAAAUGUUUUAUUUUUCACAUUUGCUGUAAAAUAUUCUAUAAUUUCUUUGUUGUUGCGAAUCUAAAGUCUGUGCAAUCAGGGCCAAAAACGUUUAGCCAGUUUAUUUAUUUUCUUAAAUAGCAACUGUCGAGGAUUGCUUGUAUAGUUAUAAGUACGAUGAUUAUAAUCGGCUUUGUUGUGAUUUCCUCCUCAUCGGGCUGAUCAGCUUUGUCAAAAACACACUAAGGAGUUGCACUUUGAUUCAAGUUGCUCAUGCAUAACAUUUGUUACUAAUUGUGUGUGUGUAUGCGUGUCUUAUUGUGACAUUAGCAAUCAAACCACCUAUGUUGCCUUCAUUCCUAUGCAGCUGUUUUUGCACAUUUAUUUAAUUUGUUCUUUCUUGUGUAUCAUUUGUUGUGCUUGUUUAUUUCCUCUGUUUGGACCCAAGUGUAAUUUGGGACCUUCUCAUUGGCUGACUUGGUUGUUUGUUUUUACGGUGUGAAUGCUGUAAAGUUCUUCAUGCAUUAACAAACCCCAUCCAUUCCAUCUCCUGACCCGACUUUCUCACGUUCUGUGUUACAUUCCCUUUAAAGCACCGUCUUUUAGAUAAAAAGGGUUUGCUGCCAGUCAGCAGAUGGAUGCAGUGUGCCUACAAGACUGCCGGUUUCUCCUUCCAAAUGUCUCUGUGAGUUUUGAUACACACACGUCCUAAAUGAUCUUUACCAUCUCUUUUGCUUUUGUUCAUGAUGUGUUGGGAACAACUUGCCUUUACAUUAUUUAAAUACAAAAAGUACCAAACGGAAA